AUGCUUUGUGAGCUUGAUGGAAUACUGAGAGUCCAUUGGGGUAGACAAGAUCUUCCUACAAGUAUCGGCAUCAGUGAACCGAACCAGAGCACCGGAUUCUAUCUGUUUGGUAACGAAACGCGUGUCAACAAUGCCGGAAACCUACCACAUGGUGCUCCACCUGUUGGACUUCACCAAACUGUGAGAAAAACUCGAACAAACUGUGCUGAGGAAAGGAAA